UUGUUUCCUUUUUACAUUGAUGCAAUGAAAUCCUAGAUUCGAAUUUUAUGGUUUCCAUCUGUUUCAUGUUUAUAGUUGAUUGUACACUGAGAAAAAAUUGUGAAUAAUUAUCUUUUAAUCCCAUAUUGCAGAUUUAUCUAGUGAUAAACACGGUAGUUUCGCUUCUAUUAAAAUUAUUCAGCAUGUCUUCUGAAAUUGGGAACAACGUGGAUAAUCUGAACAACGGAUGUGAAAAGGAAAAUGAGAACUCUGAAUCAACUGAUGGGGAUAUUGUAAAUCCAUGGACCGUCACUAGUAGUUCUCAAACUGGUGUUGAUUACGAUAAAUUAAUAGAUCGUUUCGGAAGCUCAAAAAUUGAUGAGAAAUUACUUGCUAGGUUUGAAACAGUCAUUCAAAAACCUGUUCACCAUUUAUUACGAAGAGGAAUAUUUUUUUCUCAUAGGGAUAUGUAUGAAAUUCUUAAAAGGCAAGAACAGGGGAAACCAUUUUAUUUAUAUACCGGAAGAGGGCCAUCAUCAUCUGCUUUACACAUGGGUCAUUUGAUUCCUUUUAUGUUUACAAAAUGGUUACAAGAAACAUUUGAUGUGCCAUUAAUAAUACAAAUGACAGAUGAUGAAAAGUUUUUAUGGAAAGAUCUGUCUGUUGAGAAAGCUCAAGAAUUGGCUAUUGAAAAUGCCAAAGAUAUCAUUGCAUUGGGAUUUGAUGUUGAAAAAACGUUCAUUUUUUCAAAUUUCCAAUUUAUAGGUCAAUGUCCACAGUUUUAUCAGAACAUGACAAGAGUUCAAAAAAAUGUUACAUUCAACCAAGUUAAAGGAAUUUUUGGAUUUGGAAACAGUGAUUGCAUUGGGAAAAUUUCAUUUCCAGCAAUUCAAGCAGCUCCUUCUUUCAGUUCCUCAUUUCCUUUCAUAUUUGAUGGCAAAAAAGAUGUCCCUUGUCUUAUUCCUUGUGCUAUAGAUCAGGAUCCCUUCUUCCGAAUGACCAGAGAUGUAGCCCCAAGGUUAGGUUUCUGUAAACCAGCACUUCUUCAUUCUCAGUUCUUCCCAGCUUUGCAGGGUUCACAAACAAAAAUGAGUGCAAGUGAUCCAAAUAGUUCUAUCUUUCUCACUGAUACUCCUAACCAGAUUAAGAAAAAGAUAAAUAAGUAUGCCUUUUCUGGUGGUGGUGCAACAGAAGCUGAACAUAAAGAAAAGGGUGGGAAUUGUGAUAUAGAUGUAUCAUUCCAAUAUCUUCGCUUCUUUUUAGAAGAUGAUGAAAGAUUGGAACAAAUAAGAAAGGAUUACACCAGUGGAGAACUUCUUACAGGAUAUUUAAAGAAAGAGCUAAUAGAAAUUCUACAGAAAGUUGUAGUUGAACAUCAAGAAAGAAGAAAGGAAAUAACUGACGAUAUAGUUAAAGAAUUUAUGACUCCUCGAAAACUAAAGUUUAAAUUUCAAAAUAAAAGUGAAAUUAAGUAAUUUAGAAUACUGAAGCACCUUUCCCACCUUAAAAUGCACUUUAAAGUGAAUUCACAAAUUUCAACACUUAUUUAUUAUUAGAAGUAUUUUUUACUUCUAUGAAUUGCAUCUUUUAUUUAUUAUUGGCUUAUUUAAAAUGUUGAUUGUAACAUAGACUUUAUAUUUCUGUGUUAAAAUUUAACAACAGUAAAUAUCUAGCAUUUUUUGCUGUUUUUAUUUUUAUAUUACAGAUCAUGUAUAAAAGAAAGUCAAAUUUAUUGAUAAAAAUUAAAAUUCAA